AGCUCGGUUCCCCCGGCGGGGGCGGGGGGGGCGCAGCCUGGGCGUGUGGGGGCGCAGGCCCGGGGGAUGCUGGGCUCGGUGAAGAUGGAGGCCCACGACCUGGCCGAGUGGAGCUACUACCCGGAGGCGGGCGAGGUGUUCUCUCCAGUGACUCCCGUGCCCACCAUGGCCCCUCUCAACUCCUACAUGAACUUGAACCCUCUGAGCUCUCCCUACCCUCCCGGAGGGCUUCAAGCCUCCCCACUGCCUACGGGACCCUUGGCACCCCCAGCCCCCACCGCACCCCUGGGGCCCUCCUUCCCAGGCCUGGGCGCUGCUGCCAACGGUGGAAGCGGUGCUUCCGGAUACGGAACCCCGGGUCCCGGGCUGGUCCACGGAAAGGAGAUGGCAAAGGGGUACCGGCGGCCACUGGCCCACGCCAAGCCGCCCUAUUCCUACAUCUCUCUCAUCACCAUGGCCAUCCAGCAGGCGCCGGGCAAGAUGCUGACCCUGAGCGAGAUCUACCAAUGGAUCAUGGACCUCUUCCCGUACUACCGGGAGAACCAGCAGCGUUGGCAGAACUCCAUCCGCCACUCACUGUCCUUCAAUGACUGCUUUGUCAAGGUGGCACGCUCCCCAGACAAGCCCGGCAAAGGCUCCUACUGGGCCCUACAUCCCAGCUCCGGGAACAUGUUUGAGAACGGCUGCUACCUUCGCCGGCAGAAGCGCUUCAAGCUGGAGGAGAAAGCCAAGAAGGGAAACGGCGCUGCGUCUGCCACCAGGAACGGUGCAGUGGGGUCUGCCACCUCCGCCGCGACCCCAGCCGCCACAGCGGUCACCUCCCAGGCUCAGCCCCAGCCUACGCCUUCUGAGCCUGAGGCCCAGGGUGGGGAAGAUGUGGGGGGUCUGGACUGCGCCUCGCCUCCUUCCUCCGCACCCUAUUUCACCGGCCUGGAGCUCCCCGGGGAACUGAAGUUGGAUGCGCCCUACAACUUCAACCAUCCUUUCUCCAUCAACAACCUGAUGUCAGAACAGACACCCGCACCUUCCAAACUGGAUGCGGGGUUUGGGGGCUAUGGGGCCGAGAGUGGGGAGCCAGGGGUCUACUACCAGAACCUCUAUUCCCGCUCUCUGCUUAACGCGUCCUAGCAGGGCAACUGGAAACGUCGCAGUGGGGUGAGCUGUGACGGACACCAGGCCCCUGGGCUCUGGUCCUUCCGGUCACGCUUGUCCCUCUGCUUAGCGUCUUAUCUGGUCUAUUACUGUGGUGACCUGUUGGCUGCUGUGGUAACUGCCACGGACUCCUGGGGGGCCUUUGGGUGGGGGUAGCGCGUAGGCAGCAAUGCUGGGUGCUGUGAAAGCUGCCGUACUGAGUGAAGCCAUUGGGUCCCCAUGCUGGGUGACAUCUUGCUUGGCCCUCCGGAUGCUGUGCUGGACAUCUUGAUUGAUUUGAGUGUGUGACGGUCAUGUCGUGCCAGCCAUGUCUUCUUUCUUUGGCCCACGGUCUCCUGGGAUCAGUCUUUUUUUUUUUUUUUUUUGGCUGGCUUCUUGGUACGACAGAUGCGGUACCACAGAUGCCAAGUUGGCCACCUUAUCACGUGAUGUCUUUUUUGACCCACUGGAUGCAUGGAAGGCCAUCUUACUGGCCAGGCGACACCUCAGCAUGCUGUCAUGCACCGUGAAGGUCACCACAGGCCUGUCGCCACCAUCUCCUCGGUGGGGGUUGGGUGAGAGGUGCAGAUGAGGAGACCUGUGAUUUUUUUUCUGUGAAGCCCAAUCCCGCCACCCCUGGAUGUCAGAAAGGACUGGUAUGGGUGUGGGGAGCUCUUACUGAGGUCAAGUUCUUGCCUGGGACUUGGGAUAGGGGCUGUGUUUGACCAUUAAAAAGGCACCUUUUCAGUU